AUUUAAUGCCAUUUGUUUUUGUCACCUCCACAACCCUCACCCCCAGGAAUAAUCUAAUUGAAAGACUCAAAAGCAGAUGAGGCUACAGCUAGAAGGCAUCAUUCAUGAAACCAAGGGCCCUCACCAGACAUGGAAUCUACUAGUGCUUGGAUUGUGGACCUCCCAGGCUUCAGAAUGGAGCAUGGCACAGUGGGACAGCUUCACUGAUCAACAGGAGGACACGGAUAGCUGUUCAGAAUCUGUGAAGUUUGAUGCUCGCUCCAAUACAGCUUUGCUUCCCCCAAAUCCUAAAAAUGGCCCUCCACUUCAAGAAAAGCUGAAAUCCUUCAAAGCUGCACUGAUUGCCCUUUAUCUCCUUGUGUUUGCUGUUCUCAUUCCUAUCAUCGCAAUAAUGGCAGCUCAACUCCUGAAAUGGGAAAUGAAGAAUUGCACAGUUGGUUCAAUUAAUGCAAACGAUGUAUCCUCAAGUCUCCCGGGAAGAGGAAAUGACAGUGAAGAUGAAGUGAGAUUUCGAGAAGUUGUUAUGGAACACAUUAGCAAGAUGGAGAAAAGAAUCCAAUAUAUUUCAGAUACUGAAGAAAAUCUCGUAGAUUCAGAGCAUUUUCAAAAUUUCAGUGUGACAACUGAUCAACGAUUUGCUGAUGUUCUUCUCCAACUAAGUACCUUGGUUCCCACAGUCCAAGGACAUGGGAAUGCAGUAGAUGAAAUUGCCAGGUCCUUAAUAAGCCUGAAUACCACACUUCUUGAUUUGCACCUCUAUGUAGAAACACUGAAUGUCAAAUUCCAAGAGAAUACACUUAAAGGACAAGAGGAAAUCAGCAAAUUGAAGGAGCGUGUGCACAAUGCAUCAGCAGAAAUUAAGUCUAUGAAAGAAGAACAAGUGCAUUUGGAACAGGAAAUAAAAAGAGAAGUGAAAGUCCUGAAUAACAUCACUAAUGAUCUCAGGCUGAAAGAUUGGGAACAUUCUCAGACGUUGAGAAAUAUCACUUUAAUUCAAGGUCCUCCUGGGCCCCCUGGAGAAAAAGGAGAUAGAGGUCCAACUGGAGAAGGUGGUCCACCAGGCGUUCCAGGUCCAGUAGGUCCUCCAGGUCUUAAGGGUGAUCGAGGAUCUAUUGGCUUUCCGGGAAGCCGAGGAUAUCCAGGACAAUCAGGGAAGAGUGGGAGGACAGGAAAUCCUGGACCAAAAGGCCAAAAAGGGGAAAAAGGCAGUGGAAGCAUCCUGAGACCAGUACAACUAACUCCCUGAUCGAAUUAGGGCAGGGCCCUUUUAAGAUCAGAUGGCUUGGGCAGGACACCUGCUACAUCUCAUUAAAAGACCUUUCAACUCUGGACGAGUCAUCAGCACAACUGACUUCCAAGAUACCUUUGUGACUCCAGACGACCUUGAUUCCUGUGUCCAGCCUGCUUCCACAUGGCUUCCUCUUCCCGUCCUUGGUACUGUUUGGGUCUCUGCUGCCAUGUUCACACCACUUUCCACUGUAGUACCGCACCCUCAUCCCUGCCCUGUAGCCUGGGUGUCUCCCAAGAGCUGACUGACAUGCUGUGCCAACCAGCCCUGUGAUGCCAUGCCAGGAGCUCUCCAAUGCCACUCACCUAAACUUUUGCUGAACUUAGUUUAAUCCAUUGGGUUCUAGUAGAAAUCUCAUGUGUUUUGAUUGUAUGGGGAUUCUUUACAUGUGAAACAUUUUUCUCAGCCAAGUAUAAGGAAGACAAAAACUAGAAUUCAUCCACUAAAUCAUUCAUUCACUCAUUCAUUUAGCGUAUGUUCAUUGCAUACUUCCUGGAGCUGAACAUAGUAGUUAAUAUGACAGAUAUUUCCUCCGGCCUGAGCAUUGUCCCUGAGAGACAUAGAAAAAUAAAUAGGCAACUAUGACACAUCAUAGUUAACACUGGGGGAAAAAUCAAAGCUAUAGUGUACUUAGAGAGGAUAAUGACUUUUUAUUCCUUAUAAUGUUUUUAAAAAUUUGAUUUUGACUUGCUUGUUUACCUUCCUGUCUUGAUAGUCCCCAAAUUAAGCAUAUGCUUUUUUUUUUUUUCAAUUUGAAAGUGAGGUACAGUGGAUUUUGGGCAAUUAAUUCAGCAUAUUUGAACCAAAAACAUUUCCUACAAAAUAUUUUGAUCGGGAAAAAGUAAUGCUGACAGUUUUUUGUUCUAAAUACACACUCUGUAUUUUGUGGUUUAAGUGACCAGUGUAGACCCUGGAGGAAAAGAAGUACUCAUUAGAGCUGGAAAUAUUUUGUGUAGGUAAAGAAAGGGGUGGAAAUGAGGCAGGAUAAAAGGCAGGAAAAGCUAGGCAAAAAAAAAAAAAAAAAGGAAUAGGAAAAAUGUAGAAUCAUAUGUCAUCUUUACGGUGUCUCUGGGUUGAUGAUCAGACCCCAUUUUCACAACUGCUCUUUCCAUCACAGAGCCUCAGGCUCACAGCAUCAAGAUUCUAGUAGAACUGUAAGCAGCGUGCCCAUGUGUAUCUCACCAUUUCCAUUACCUUUCUUGCAAAAGGGACAUCAUAACACCUACCUCACAGGGUUGUUGUGAGGAUCAAUUAAGACGUGUAUAUGUCAAGAUGCCCUGUAAUGUCAUAAAAUGCUUUCAGGACACACAGUACAGUUCACAGAACUGCAACUACUAUGCCUCACUUGCGUAAUACAGAUAUUUUAAAUCUGUAAUCAAAAUAGAAGUGAAAGGAAAAUGAAAAUGCAAGAAACCAAAUAAACAUCAUGGAUGAAGAGAAAGAUGCUAGAGAAUAAGACUUUAUAUUGGAGAGAGCAAUGCAAGUGUGACCAGAUCACAAAUCAAUGAGUUUGUCUGAGCCGAGCAGAAGAGCAUUAGUUAUAAAUAAAAGGAGCGACUAAACAGAGUGCACACCAGAGGCCAGAAGCUGUCAACAAAGGUCAGAACAAAAUGUCAGGCUAAUAAAACAAGAGUGCAAACUCUGAAGGACAAAGCAUGAGCCCAAGAUGCUGUUGAUGAGCAAGUUCCAAGAAGGGUUGAAACAAAUUGGCGUUGUCAGUGGUACACUCCGAGUCUAUGCCUGCAUGACAUCGAAAUCUGCAAAGAAAAAUAAAGAGGAGAUAGCAGGGAAUCUGCCAGCCAGCCAGAGAGUCCUCAAUAUUGGCAAACUAGCAACAAGGAAUAGCAAUUUAAUGUAAACAUCUAGAGAUAAGUGGAGAAUUUAUCCCUGGUUAAAUUUGGUGUGACUUCCUGUUUCACUCUUCUGGAGGCAGGUAGAGUAUGGCAGAUUCUCAUGGCAGCAGGCCUUGGUCCACUGGAAAUCCCAAUGUACACAAUUGCAAGGAUUCAGUUCACAAGUCAUUUUAUAUCCUAGACUAAAUAUGGAUUGUCAAGUGUAUAAUACUAGCUCAGAUUUCCAAAAUUAGUGGAGACAGGCUUUGCUUCUCUCUUUAGACAAAAAUAGAUGCUGAAUGCCCAGUUCAAAUGUACAAAGUAUACCAAUUUUAAUACCAUAAAAUGCAAAGAUGUGUGCACCAAACUUUAAUGGUUGUUAAUGGGUUGUCUGCUGUAUUCUUGCCUGAGCUAGGAAGGUAAGCAUUUCACUAUGCAGAAAAAUUCCUGCCAUACAAUUAAACACUUUGUGAGGCUUGUGCUGAA